AUGCCCCGUAUUAUCGUGUCAGUCGGUGGUGGCCACACUACUGAGAUCAACAGGACAGUUUUGCAUAUUCAGAAAGCACUUCUCGAGGCUUUUGUCGACACAUCAGUGGUAAUUGCAGAUCUGGACAGCACAUUCAGAAAUGAUGGUGAACGCAAGUUUUCCGACCAGGAUUACGACUUUGAGCAGAUCCUGGAGCGGUUAAAGCGUGCAGACGCGUCGCAGAAGUGGGAAGUGGUGCUGGUAGGUGGCCGUUACGCACUGUUUGAUUCCCGAAUCAACGCAUUGGCACAUCUAAAGGUCUUUUUGGACAGCGACGGCGAUAAUCGAUUGAUCGACCUGAUUCAGCGGCGCCACAUGCAACUACACGGUCCUGACGAGCUUGCAGUGCUCAUUCAGGAGUAUAUGAGUGGUUUGCGGCCCGAAAUGCACAAAUAUAUAGAGCCCACCAGGGCCCAUGCAGAUCUCAUCAUCCCUAGCCACAGUGAGACCGUUGGCGCUGCUAUCGUGGUCGAUAGCAUUGUGAAGAUCGUAGAAGACAGCAAGGGUGGUUCCUCGGCCGAAAAGCCGGCCCGCUUGUUUCCACAGCUGGAUUUCCAGGCCGAGUCCCUUGAUAUUGAAAAAGAGCAGUACUACGAAUUGAGCUAG